AUGAGUUUGUCCUAUGCUGAAAGUCUAUCUUAUUUUCCUCAUAAGGGCAAAGUUGGAAUGCCUGAAUUAAGUGAAAAGUCCGAUGAUUUGAAAAUUAAAUUAGAAAAAUUAGAACAGAUGAUUCGUCAAAGUCGUCAUACUGUUGCUAUUACGGGAGCUGGUAUAUCAACCGAUGCUGGUAUUCCAGAUUUCCGAGGUCCCAAUGGUGUAUGGACAUUGGAAAAACGAGGUGAAAAACCAUCAUUUAAUACAAGUUUUGAUAAAGCUCUACCAACAUUUACACAUCGAGCCUUAUGUAAAUUAGAAGAAAAUAAUUAUUUACACUUUGUUAUUAGUCAAAAUAUUGAUGGUCUUCACCAUCGAUCUGGAUUACCAUUAGGUAAAUUAGCGGAAUUACAUGGAAAUGUUUUUGCGGAAGAAUGUGAAGUUUGCCGAGCACAGGUAAUCCAUCCAAAAAGUGUUGGUUCUUAUUGUCGUAAACGAACGGGUAAUGUUUGUAAUUCAUUGAAAAGUCGAAAUAAAAGUUUAUCAUGUCGCGGAAAAUUACGCGAUACAAUUCUCGAUUGGGAAGAUCCAUUACCAGAAUUAGCAUUGAAUAUGUCAGAACAGCAUUGUGCUAAAGCAGAUUUAUGCAUAUGUUUGGGUACAUCAUUACAAAUUCGUCCUUGCCGUGAUUUACCAAGAAAAACGAGAAAAAAUGGUGGAAAGAUAGUAAUUAUUAAUUUACAAAAAACUUCGUUAGACUCAUUAGCUGACCUAAUUAUUCAUGAGCGAUGUGAUCAUGUUAUGAAAUAUAUUUUGGGCAAAUUAAACUUGAAUUUCGAUGAAAAGCCAAGUGUAUUCAAUGUGUCGAAGUAUUCACAUAUAAAAAAAAUAAUCCUUCUUUCUGGUAAAUCUAAAUGCGGAAGAAAUUUCAUUGGUAAAAAUUUAGCAGAACGACUUUCCGCGUCACUAUUGCAUAUUAAUGAUUCAUUGAAACAUGAGUAUGAAAAAAUACAGACUAAGGAUUCGUGUGAUACCGAUAAAAAAAAUAUGAUUAAAUGGGCAGAAGAAAAAUGUCGUGAAGAUCCAACAAUAUUUUGUCGAAUGAUGAUUGAACGCUAUGAUGAAUUAUAUUCACUAAAUCCAAUAUGGAUUAUAAGUGAUAUUAAAUCCUACGCAGAAAUUGAAUUUUUUAAAAACCACUUUAAUGAUCACGUUCUAAUUGUUCGUAUUGAAGCAUCGAAUGAUGUACGAGAAAAACGCGGUUGGAAUUCUCACGCCGAUAUUGACAAUCCUGAACUAGAAUCUCAGCUAGAUAAAAAUGUUCGAUGGUCAUUCGUUUUUUCAAAUAAUGAACAAGACAAAUUCAAUGAGCAAAUGAACGAUUUGGUUAAAUUAAUUAAUUAG